AUGUCGCGGCAGACGUACCUUGAACGAGGGCAGUCGCCGUUGCAUUCAUCCAAUUACACAACUCCGGCACCCGGACAUCGUCCAGAGCUUGAUAGUAGAUACGGCGGGGGUAUAAAUACCAGGCGGCUUUGUGAUGAGUCGUCCAACAACACUCGCCUCUCAGACAUGCCUUUGGUAACAUUCCAAAACACCAUGGUCACACCCCAACUCAUGGCCCCAAAUUAUCCGGCCCUCCAAGUAAACCAAUUCGGUGUUGGCGCUCCCAUAAACCUUCCAAAUGGCGUGCCAACCCCGGUAGUAAACGUGAUUUGCUCUGACAUCCACGUCCGACAAGCUGGUGGAGGUUGGUUGGGUCCGUACAAUGCAGCCGCGGAUUUCAAUGCGGGAGCGGCGGGAACCUUUCUAGGUCCGCGUCAAAACGCUCCAGGAGGACCAGUUUACUACACAUACGUACGCGCAGACGGCGCGACAGUGGACUUCCGAUAG